AUUGCAGCGAACUUUAGAACAAUUCAAACAGUUCCAUCAAACACUGAGCUGAUAGACAUAGUGCUAAAUAAGACACAGAGAAAGACACCAACAGUAGUACAUCCCCAGUUCAACAUAACGAAAAUACGGACCUUCUACAGCAAAAAGAUAAAAUUUGCUUCUAACGAAUUCUCAGAGCGGAUGAAGAGAAUCACCUCACAGUUCCCGAGAUUAGAAGAGAUCCAUCCUUUCUACUGUGAUCUAAUAAAUAUUUUGUACGAUAAAGAUCACUAUAAACUAGCUCUGGGACAUGUCAACACUACAAGGUGUAUGGUAGAGAAUGUAUCAGAGUAUGUAAAGCUACUCAAAUAUGGAGACAAUCUUUACAGAUGUAAACAGCUUAAGAGAGCAGCGCUAGGUAGAAUGGCUACGAUAGUCAAAAAGCUAAAGAAAACCACUGAGUAUCUGGAGCAGGUAAGACAGCACAUGAGUAGAAUAUCACAGCUAGACCCUUCAACUCGUACCUUUUUACUCUGUGGGUUCCCCAAUGUUGGCAAAUCUUCCUUCAUCAACAAGAUAACUCGUGCCAACGUUGAUGUGCAACCCUAUCCCUUCACCACUAAGAAUCUCUAUGUUGGGCAGUUUGACUACAGCUACCUCAGGUUCCAAGUCAUAGACACACCUGGGAUCUUAGACCAUUUGAUAGAGGAAAGAAAUACAAUUGAGAUGCAAACAAUAACUGCACUAGCACAUAUCAAUUCCAUAGUUUUGUAUUUCAUGGAUAUAUCUGAGGUAUGUGGGUACUCCAUUACCCAACAGAUAAAUCUCUUCAACUCACUCCUUCCCCUCUUCUCCGAUAGCUUUAUCAUUGUCCUAUCCAAGAGUGAUCUUAGGAGACUAGGAGACCUUUCCAACGACGAGUUAUUCAAUUUCCUGAGAGAUAGGCAAUACGUAGAGAUCAGUACAUUUAGUGAAGAGAACAUAGAAGAGCUAAAAAAGAUAGGGUGUGAGAGAUUGUUAGAACAGAGAAUUAAAAGCAAAAUAGAGAACAGUAAAGUGGAAGAGUUUAGAAAUAAAAUUAGUUUAACCAAACCAUUUCAAUUGGGAGAUAAAGAGGAGAGUUGUUUAAGAACUGAGAAGAUAGUAACAGAGAGAGAAAAGGAAGUAGAAGAUAAAGAUUAUCUAUUUAAUGAUAGAGAGUGUUACAUUUUAGAUAGAGAAGAAUGGAGAUACGAUAAUAUGGGAGAGAUAUUGGAUGGUAAGAAUGUCUCUGAUUUUAUAGACAGAGAGAUCUAUGAAAAGAUGAUAAGACUAGAACAAGAGGAAGAGGAAAUGGAAGAGAGGUACAAUAAAAGAUACGAUGUGCUGAGUAAGGAGGAGAGUGCUUAUAAAGAAAUGAUAAACAACAAGAGAAUGAGCAAGAUCAAACAGCGAAAUUUUAAGGACAGGUGCAGUGUACCAGAGAGAUGGAAGGGUAGGAAGAGAGUAAUUAGGGGUGAAAAGCUAGGAGAUGAGCUAGAGGUUAUAGAAGGGGAUGGAUUUGCAAUGAGCAGUGGUAAGAUUGCUAAGGCAAGAGAAAGGAAUGAGAAAGGUAAAAAGAGUGGUAGAGAGAGGUACUAUAACAGUAAACCACCACAUCUCUUUAGAGGGAAGUCAAAGCAUGGUGCUAGUCACAGGAGUAUUUUGAGUAUGAUAAAUGGAUAG